AUGGUACCUCCAUUGUGUCGUGGUAAUAUUGAAUUUUUGGAUUUAGAAACAUUUGCUCUAUUAUUUGUGGAAAAUACUGUACAAGAUGCAAUUGAUGUGAUAGUCAAUCGUAACCAACCUAAAGAUAUACCUAACAAAAAAUCAAGCGAUUUACUGGACAAAGAUUUAUUUCAAGAUGUUACAUCUACUGAUACGUUCGACCAGUCUAUUGACGAAUCCGUAUCUGCAUUUUCCACUCCAUAUUUAGUUAAUAUUCAUAACAAAAAAUUUAAUGAAUGGCCAAAUAUUGGACUGUUUAGAAAAGCCGAUAUGAUAGAAUAUAUUAAAAGAUUUGUUAAUAAAUGGGAAUUAAAAUGUAACUGGAUGUAUUGUAUUGAUUUUCUUUGCGAGGAACGAAAUAAAUCUAGUGAUACCUAUUUUUAUGAUGUAAAAAACAAAAAUAGCAUAAAAAAUGGCCCAUCGAGAAAAUGUUCCAUGAACCCGUGAAAAUAAUUAUUCGGCCCUUGUAUAAUUUAUUACAAACCUUAAUAAAAGAUUUUUUCUUCA